GCUAGGUGCCAGCUGUUGCAGCAGUGCUUCAAAUUGUCCAGUGGACAUCCUGAAGUACAUUAUGAAGCAGCUGUGGUACAGUUUAAGCUCCGGAACCUCUCUUUGCCAAUAUUGGGUGUACGUAGGUAUUUCGUUUUUUUUUUCUUUUUAUUAAGUAAAAGGAGCACCAGGUCAUCAUCGCUUGAUGUUGUUUCCAUUUUUUUUCAGUGGCACGAUUUUUUUUAGAACCUUAAUAAUUUAUUUGCAAAGUCGCGUCGCGCUUGAUGUGAAUAGUCAGGCGCGUCAAAAUUCACCUCCAAAUUAUUCGCAUUUUCAGUCAUUUAUUCGUCACGUCCCUGGUGUGUAAAGACCUUUACUUGAGUCCUUCAAUUCUGUUGCUGGAAAUGAUUCCUGGGUUCCAGUGCAAAGUCUGUGGGAGUUGUGGUGGAAAAGGGGAAGCCGCCAGCCAUUCACCCUUCUCUCCUGGUUCCAAAGCAUGCAGCAUGAUCCUUGAUGCAGUUCGCAUGCUUCAUGGGACAUUCUCUGCAGGAUGCGUCGGUCAUGCGUAGUACUCUCCUGGUUCUUCGACCACCGCUAAUCAUAGGAGCGCUUUGGAGCGCCUCGUUCCUCCCAUGUCCGGUAGCCAAGGGUAUACGCGCCUAGCUCUGUUGCAGGCCUUGCAACCUCUUCCUGGCAUGUGGACUCACACGAGAGGGAGACGGGAGAAAGGUGGCGAGUCCAGGGAGAGGAAAAUGGAACAGAGAGCGAAACAACAGCAACCUCCAUUUUAGUGCACAUUUCAAAUUUACAGUAAGCCAAUACUGUAACAGGAAAGCUGUGGUGGGGGCGUGGUUAAAUGAGUCACUGAGGUGGACAAUAUGGGCUUUGUAGUUUAUGUCUUUUGUAGACCAUGGUACCUACAGUACUAUUCUGCAAAGAGCUUAGAUAUACCCAUUUAGUGCAAUAAAUUAAAUAUUUUAUUCUGCAACUGGUUUCCAAAUAGGGUUUAUCUUUCCCUAAAUUCAGUGUUGUCUGACCUUGCUGGGGUACUUGCUAGGUAAAAUAUUUAAACUGUGAUAUCCUGACUAAUGUGACAUGCGUUAUUAAUAUUGUGCUUUUGGUCCACAGUGCAUGUUGACUUUGAAGUUCAGUGCUGCUUCAAUCUUGAACCAGGUGUGGCGUGGAUCGGGGCGUGGCCCCGCAGCGCCCCUCUCAGCCUAAACAGCGUAAGCUGAAACCGGACACCAGACAAGUGAUUCAGGACCCGGGACAGCGCCGGAGUAAGAAGCCCAGCCGCAGGACCCUGGAGAGCGGCACGCUGGAAAAUCACCAGCUCCCUGAUUGCCAAGCUACACACCUGGAAGCACUAAGGAGACACAGCUGCCGCCACUCCAGGGAACUGGGCUGGGCACAUAAAAGAGGGCGCCUAGCUCCCUUGGGGAGCGCCGUUAGUGAGUGCUGCGAAACACCACGUUCGCUCUGCUGACCUAUAUUCUCAUUUUAUUUCAGAAUCUGGUUGAGACGCGGGAAGGUCACCAUUCAAAAAUUGAAAGAAGGACUUCUCUCUGCACCGUCACACCCAGUACGGUGCCACAGUGGUGGAGAAUGCGGGCAUAGGCACGGAGGAACAGCAGAAAAGCAACUAGCUACUCCGAGCUCAAGCUUUAAUCUUGUUCUCGCAAGAAAAAAAAAAAAGAAAAAAAAAAUCCUCCCCGUGGAGGAUUUUCUCUUAAUUGUGUUUUGUUUUGUAGUUGCGACAUGGAGGACCUGUUGAAAGCGUUGGUGGAGGCUAACCUGGGGCAACAAUAUGCCGCCCAGGCUAUGGCUGAACGGGUUGUCCGGCUCACCGACGCGGUCCAGGCUCGCCCCUCGGCUACCGUACCGCUCCCGCUCACAAGGACGAAGGCAAAGAACGUCCUCACAAAAAUGACGGAAGCCGACGACGUGGAGGCCUACCUCCACACCUUCGAGCGGGUGGCUGAGCGCGAGCUCUGGGAUCCCCGGGAAAUGGCCGACAUCCUGGCCCCCUUUCUCACCAGCGAAUCCCAGCAGGCCUACCAAGACCUGGACACCAUGGAGGCCCGGGACUACGACAGACUGAAGAGGGAGAUACUGGCCAGAGCCGGGGUGUCCUCCACGUCCGCCAGACAGCAGGUCGCCACCUGGGCCUACCAACCAGGGGGCAACGCACGCAGUCAGAUGGCAGCACUGUGCAGGCUGGUCACGCAUUGGCUCCAACCAGACCACCUAACGGUGGAGCAAAUCCUCAACCGGGUUGCCAUGGACCGGUUCCUCCGGGCCUUACCAUACGAAACGAAGAAGUUGGCGGGACAGCAUUCUCCACAGGGGCCGGAGGAGCUAGUGGAACUGGUGGAGCAAGUGGAAGCCACGCAUGAGAUGCUGAAGGUAGGGCAGACUGAACGCUUCCCCUUCCGGGCCCGAACAGGAGACGACCGGAAGCCGACACCACUAGACGCGGCCCAGGCCCGGGCCCCAGGCGACCAUGGCGGACAUGCGUGGACACCACACUUUUCCCACCAGUCUGGAAGAGGAGGGAGAACGCCCACCCUGCUACCCACCUCCGGAAAGAUGCCAUCUGACGUGUCCAUGCCCACCGACCCGGCCCCCGCACCAGCUCGCCUGCCUUACGGAAGAACCUGCUUAGCGGCGGAGCAGUUAAACCCUCACCAGGCGACCUGUCCCCUCCACUGGCCUGUGAUCGUCGGUGGCCAACCCUGGAAGGUCCUCCUUGACUCCGGAAGUACAGUCACUCUGGUCCAACCCCGGGUACUCCCCAGCAGUCAAGCCGCCUCCUCCGACCGAAUUUCCCUCACCUGCGUACACGGAGACGUGCACCAGAUCACGGCAGAGGGCCUAGAGGUGCAGAGCGACAGGGGCUGCUGGGCGGUCACGGCCGGGGUGGUGCCAGAACUUCCGGUCCCACUACUGCUCAGCCGGAACUACCCUGGCUUUGACGCCCUAUACCAGGCUGCCAGAACAAUCCAUGGAGGGGGCAGAAAAACCCAAAGCAGGGGAACAGGGAGGCAGCGGUCCCGACAAACCAAACCCCAGAUCCGGCCAUCAGGGGAGCCCUAUGACGCUUGGCUGGGGGAACGUGCUACAGCGGGCAAGGUGGCAGAAGCGGAUGGGGAAGGUGAGCAAUUACCAUUUAUAACAAGGUCUGAUCUCUUUCCCCAGGCACAGCUUAAAGGACAGUUCGGCACCGCGCAGGUCCAGGAUGACCGGUUGCGACACUGUUGGGGCCAGGUUCGAGUCCUCGAGGGGGUGAAGAGGGGAGAGGGGCCCCUGGAAGCGAAUUACUUCUCGGUGCGGAAAGGGCUCCUGUAUUACAACACCACGAGAAGAGGAGAAGUCCGGGAGCUGUUGGUGCUACCCAGCCAAUCCAAGAUGCCAGGAACCACGUCAACUAAGCACUACAGCUACUUGUGAGCAGGGACAAGGCAUACCACUUUAACACUGGAGCCCAAGUUAAUGAGAAAAUGUCCCCCAUGCCAGGAGACAUGAUGGUGAACUUCUACAUCAACCUCAGCAAGCUGUGCCUGACUGCAUGUCCUCCUGCCAGACACCGCCAAGGCAUCACCAUGCCCGAUUCCCACACUCCCAAACACCGCCAAGGCAUCACCAUGCACCAUUCCCACACUCCGAAAGGUCCAAACGGUGGAAUGUGUGGUUCCGUGGCCCAAUGACACGCUGGUCUGAAGUACGUGAAGGUACUUUUUCACGUGGACUACAACUAGACAUGAAAGUGUUUGGCAUGUUUGAAAAUCGAAGUGUUUAAUGGGGUGUUGUAGACACAACAGAUGAAUAAAUUGUGUCAGUUCAGAACAUGGCUUGCUAACGUGGCGUUUGCAAGCAACAUUAGCAAGUAGGCUAUUUAAAAAGUUGGUAAACAGUAGAACCGCCACAGCAGUGAGCUAUUGUCAGUUUUUCAGAAAAUCAAUAAAUCUGCCAUCAUUAAAUGCAUAUGGCUCCCCAUUAGUGAUUUGUGCUAAGUAUACUGUAUGUAUUGAACAUUGUGAUAUAAUUAGGAUAUCAAUAUUACAUUACAAGGGAAUAAAGUUAUAAACACCUACUUAAUGAAAUGUCCACGAGCGGCUUUGCAAUGAGAUGUUGUUUAAUGCCGUCAUUUGCUUGUGCUUUUAAAGAAGGUAGCCCAGUAAGCACAAGCCCGAAUAUAAAAUGAAUAUAGACGUCUAAAAGGGGUGGAAAUAUAGGUUGACAUGAUUUGGCAUACACUACCGGUCAAGUUUUAGAACACCUCCAUUUUUUUCAGUUUUUAUUGAAAUUUACACAGUUAUCUCAAUGUACUCUGAAACAAAUAAACACAAUGGACAUAAAAAAAGAAAUCAUGGAAUCGUUGUUUAACACAAUUUAUUCAAAUUUUUUUGACUCAUCAAAGUAGCUGAACACACUUGUGGCAUUCGUUCUACAAAGGAAAUCAAAUAUUGUUCGGAAAGAUCUUCUCAACACUGUCGUAGAAGUUCCCACAAAUGUGUUGCACUUGUAGAUUGCUUUUCUUUCACCCUUCUGUCCAGUUCAACCCAAACAUGCUUGAUGGGGUUUAAUUCCGGAGACUGUGUUGGCUAUUCCAUAUUUGAAGCCUACCGUCUUGUUCUUUUCUUCUAAGAUAGUUCUGACAUAGCCUAGAGGUAUGUUCUGGGUCAUUAUCUUGCUGUAGGAUGAACCCCUGACCAACUAGGUGUGACCCAGAGGGUAUUGCAUGGCACUGCAAAAUGCUGUGGUAGCCCUUUUGGUUCAGGGUGCCAGUCACUCUGUGCAAGUCGCCAACUCUGGAUCCAGCAAAAGAGCCCCAGACCAUCAUGCUUCCUCCUCCAUGUUUGACAGUUGGUGUCACACACUGAGGAACCAUCCUUUCACCUACUUGACGGUGUACAAAAACCCUGCGUGAUGAACCAAAGAUUUAUUUAGUCAUUUUAGCAAUGGCUUUAGUACUGCCACUCGACCUGUCAAACCUGCAGCUCAAAGUUUUCUCCUCUUGUUGAAACUGAGACUUGCUUACUUCAACCACUGUUAAGCUGUGCUUGAGGCUGUUGUCCUGUGAGCCACCUAUCAUGGAAGCUGUUGACUCUCAGCCAGACCUCUUCCUGUCAGAGUUUCCUCCAGUUUGUAAGUGCCUUUCGAUGGUGUAGGAAGCUGUAUUCACUGACACCUUGGCUUUCUUUGAAAUUUCUCUAAAGAAAGACCUACACUUUUAAGGGUUAUAAUGGUCUGUCUGUCUUCCUUUGUAAAUUGCCUGUUUACUGUAAACAGUCUGUUCCAACACAGAUUUUAUGCAGACAGAGGGUUUGUAAGUAAUCAACAAAAGUUGGGAAACCUGUAGGACUUGUUUGCAUCAACUUUCAAGGCUUAAUUUACUUCCAUUGCUGCAGAAAAGCUGUAAGUUGUCAACUUGUUCCCUGAAAAAGGUCUUUUUUAUAACUCUGAAAUGUACAUUAUUUUUCAGUUUUUGGUAACCUAAACUUUUUUUAACCUCUGGCAGUUUACCACUUACCUUUGUACCAUUUCAUGUCAUUCACUGGACUUUAACUGCUUAAAUGUCAAUAAAAUGGAGGUGUUCUAAAACUUUUGACCAGUAGUGGAAAGGAGUAGUUUAGCUCAAUUUAACCGCUAUCAAGUCAAGUUUUAUUUUCAUAUGGAUGGCUCCUAGCCAGCAAGAAAACUUUCAUUGAGCCAAAUGUAGCCAGUGAACGGAACAUGUAGGUAUGACAUAAUACAGUGUAUGUUUGGUGAAAGAGCAGCGAGAUUAGGUUGAAAUGUGACCUGCUAGGACAUAGGCAGGCUAUAUCAGGGUGAAACAUGAACGAAUUUGAGGUAAAUAGAGCCAAUCUAGUGCGGUUAUGUGAAAAUAUCAGUCAGCGUAUUUACAUCUCUUCAGACGUUUAAAUAGCCUACACUGUGGAAUGAUAGAGACAGUUCCCACAAGGAUUGUGCAGUUGCAAAAUCAAUAGUUUUAAUGUAACAGGCAUUUAUAAAAUAUUAGUAAAGAAAUAAGCUUGCAUAAGAUUCACCUGAGGCGGUAUUCAAUCCGAGCCUGAAUGGUCCCAAAGGCAAGUGCUUUACCAACAAGCCACCGACAGAGUAGCUACACUGGGAGCAUAUUUUUGGGCAUAAGACAACAUUAUAAACGUUAUAAACACCUACUUAAUUAAAUGGCCAUGACUGGUUUUGCAAUAAGAAAACAAUAUUAAUGCUCAUGCUUUUAAAGGAAGCAGCCUUUAAAAGCUUUUUCAGCUCUGGGUCUAUUCCAUAUGGCCUGGCUGUAUCCAAGUCGGCUGGAAAACUUUCACAUUGCUAGAUUUGGUCCACACGGAUCUAGAAUUGUACAGUUGCAAAACAAAUAGUUGAAAAGUAAUAGACAAUUAUUAGUUAAUAAAUAAGCAUUCAUAAGAAAUCAAAAAUUUGUCCGAGCCUCAGGUGGGAUUCGAUCCUAUGCCACAACAGUUAAGGCAACGACAUUACCAGUGAGCCAGCAACAAAGUAACUGCACUAGCCCUGAAUUUUUUUGGUCAAAAAUAUGUUUCGUUACAGCUAAGUUAAUAUGUUAGAAGUCUUGUUUACGUUUUUUUAACGUAAUUUAUGUGUUUCUAUAUUUCGUUGUGGUCACUUUAAGAAUCACAGGAUGUCAGUAACAAGAAGUUAUCUCAUGUGACCAGUAAUCAGGAAGUAAAUGAGCAUGAGCACGUUGUUUUAUUGUAUCUGAGCUAUUCCAGCCACAGCUACAAACAUCUUAUGUCUUUGGUAGCAUCGUGGGUAUGUAUUGAUUGUUUUUAUCGUUAUCUACGAUUGCAGAUCAUUAUUUUGGGACAAUGAUACAUUCUGUAAAGUUAGAUGCUAGAAUUCUACGGAGUUGCUAUUGCUAAUGACUACAUUGUUCCUAGGUCAUUGGAAGUUCAUAUAACAAUAAUUACAAAUAAAUAAAUGAACAGGUAAUUGAUUACAUGUAAAAAAUAUGAUGCCAUAUACUACGUUUGAAGUGAAAUAUAUAAUAAAUAUAUGCAACCUGUAACAGUACAAAACAAGGGGAUUUAAUUCAUAUUAAAGAUUGAGUUGGUAUAUUUA